CGGAGCGCCCCAACGGCCUUCGCUGUGCGGGAACCGCCGAGGGCGCCGCCAUGGCCGCCGCCCGCGACGCCGCGCCGGAUGCGGGCACGGUGCAGGCGCUGCGGGACGCGGCCAGCCGCCUGCGGGUCCGCUCGCUGAGGGCCACGUGCGCCUGCGGCUCCGGCCACCCCACGUCGUGCUGCAGCGCGGCCGAGAUCGCGGCCGUGCUGUUCUUCCACACGAUGAGGUACAAGCCGGCGGAGCCCGCGCACCCGGACAACGACCGCUUCGUCCUGUCCAAGGGCCACGCCGCGCCGCUGCUCUACGCCGCCUGGGCCGAGGCGGGCGCCGUGGGCGAGGCGGAGCUGCUGCGCCUGCGGCAGGCGCACUGCGCCCUGGAGGGGCACCCCACGCCGCGGCUGCCCUUCGUGGACGUGGCCACCGGCUCCCUCGGGCAGGGCCUGGGCGCCGCGUGCGGCAUGGCCUACGCUGGCAAGUACCUGGACCGGGCCAGCUACCGCGUGUUCUGCCUGCUGGGCGACGGGGAGACGGCGGAGGGCUCGGUGUGGGAGGCGCUGGCCUUCGCCUCGCACUACCGCCUGGACAACCUGGUGGCCGUGCUGGACGUGAACCGCUGGGGGCAGAGCGGCGCCACGGCCCUGGGGCACCGCACCGACGCGUACGCGCGGCGCCUCGAGGCCUUCGGCUGGAACACCUGCCUGGUGGACGGGCACGACGUGGAAGCCUUGUGCCGGGCCUUCCGGCGCGCGAGUCAGGUGCAGGACAAGCCCACGGCCGUCGUCGCCAAGACCUUCAAGGGCCGGGGCGUUCCGAGCGUGGAAGACGCCGGCAGCUGGCACGGGAAAGCGCUGCCCAGGGAAGCGGCCGAGGCGGCCAUCGCGCGCCUGGAGAGUCAGAUGCAGACGCAGGGCCCCUGCAGCCCCCGGCCCCCCGUGGAGGACUCCCCGCCCGUCAGCAUCGCGGACAUCCGGAUGCCCUCCCCGCCCGCUUACCGGGUCGGCGACCAGAUGUCCACCCGGAAGGCGUGUGGCUUGGCUCUGGCCAAACUGGGCCGUGCCAACGACAGGGUGGUCGUCCUGGACGGCGACACGCAGAACUCCACCUUUUCCGACCUCUUCAAGCAGGAGCACCCGGAGCGCUUCGUCGAGUGCUUCGUGGCGGAGCAGAACAUGGUGAGCGUGGCCUUGGGCUGCGCCGCGCGGGGCCGGGCUGUCGCGUUCGCCUGCACCUUUGGCGCCUUCCUGACGCGAGCCUUCGAUCAGAUCAGGAUGGCGGCCAUCUCGCAAGCCAACAUCAACCUUGUGGGUUCGCACUGCGGCGUGUCCGUGGGGGAAGACGGGCCCUCCCAGAUGGCGCUGGAGGACCUGGCCAUGUUCCGGAGCGUCCCCGGCUGCACCGUCUUCUACCCCAGCGACGCCGUGUCCACGGAGCACGCCGUGCACCUGGCGGCCAAGGCCAAAGGGAUGUGCUUCAUCCGCACCAGCCGCCCGGACACCGCGGUCAUCUACGCCGCGCAGGAGCGCUUCGAGAUUGGACAGGCCAAGGUCGUCCGCCACAGCGCCGAUGACAAGGUCACGGUGGUCGGAGCUGGGGUCACCCUGCACGAGGCCUUAGCGGCCGCCGAGGAGCUUUCUCAAGAAGGGGUUUCCGUCCGGGUCAUUGACCUCUUCACCGUCAAACCCCUGGACGCCGCCACCAUCAUCUCCAGCGCCGGAGCCACGGGAGGCCGGGUGGUCACCGUGGAGGAUCACUACCGCGAGGGCGGCCUCGGAGAGGCGGUGUGUGCGGCCGUCGCCAGGGAGCCUGCCGUCCGCGUGCACCUGCUGGCGGUGUCGGGCGUGCCUCGCAGCGGGAGGCCCAGGGAGCUGCUGGAUGCGUUUGGAAUCAGCGCCGGACACAUCGUGGCCGCUGUGAAGUCUGCUUUAAUGCAGGAAAACAACUGAUCGACAAAGGCGAGUCGGCUGGCGGUGUCGUUGUAGGACUGGUAUCUGUAUUUAUGUUCACUGUUCGAAACCCGUUUUCCCUAUACAGUAGUGCUUUUAAAAAAAAGUGAAGCCGUUAAAUACCUCCCUUCAUUCCUACUCAAAAACUCAAGUUAACUACCUUUCUGUUAAGCUGACUAUAUAAACAAAUGUAACUCUCAUUUUUGAAUUAUUAAAAUAGGUUAUAAAAUUUUCAGGAAAAAUAACCACCUAACACAAAGUUUUUUGAGAAGACUACAAAUAACUGUCUGGGUUGGGGCUCUAAAUAUAGAGGUUACUGUUUCUGAAGCGUGUCUAAUUUCCUUGUAAGUUAACUGAAUGUGAAUUUCCUUGUAAUUUCAAUGUGAAAAUGUGGACGUGAGUAGCCCUGAACUUGAACGACUGUGAGCUUUCCCAUAAUGCCAUUCUACGCCUCUGGUCUUCCAGGUGGUGUUUGACUGCAGUUAGCUUGGGCUUCGCUUUGAAGGUUUAGUUUGCCCUGUGCAUUCAGACUGCAGAGCAGCCGCACCCUCCUGCUUACGGUGGGUGCGCAUGAAGAAAUGAAACCAUAACGAGUUCUAGUCUGCACACCGUGUAGACGAUUUUGUGAAGAUUCAGAAAUGUAUUAUUUCCUUGACGACCAAACCAUAUUGUUACUUUACUUGUAUUUAUUAAGGAUACUAAAACCAAUGUAAUAAAGCAUUUUAAAACCA